AUGGCUGUGAAGGUGAUUCUGCUGUUCUUCAUCUUGUUUCUUAUCAGAGACUCCUCUCUCCUUCCCCACCCAUCUGCUUGCGGUUUCCGCCACGGGGGUGGGACUAAGCGAAGCGGCUUUCGCCUGGCUGUGCCGUUUCCUCUUGGCAUAACUACCCGAAAGUCAUCCGACGAGGCAGUUCAGUGGGAACGAACCGACUUGUCUGCCUUUUCCUUGCUGUAUCAAUGAACUUCUCCUAAGGAUUUGCAGUCAGAGGCUGGUUGUCGAUUCCUUACUUGAUCUAGCUGCUGUGCUAAUCUGAAUUAUGAAUAUCGGCAUGUAGCUUGUGAUUAUGACGGAUGUUCUUCAUGUCUUGUAGGCAUGGUUGAUGGAUGAUGGGGAAGAGGAUCAACGACUGCCUCACCACCGCAUUCCGGUGGAGUAUGUUUUGUUGAACCAACUCGCAGGUAUUAUUUUUCGAACCUUGUCAGAGUAUCGUUCGCAAAUUCAUUAUAAUGACGCAUACAUACAGCUGCCCUUCAUGCAAACGGAAGGGUGUAGCUUUGUCUAUCCAUAACUGAGUGUGUACUUCAUUCACUACAUAUCUUCCAAUGUAAAUACAUUUUCCGAUCAUACAUAAUGCGGCAUGAAGCUUAACUUUAGAGCAUAUUCAGAAUCUUUCAGCGUCUUUUGUUGGUCUAUCAUCACAUAAAGAUCUUUUUGCUGGCCCCUGAUUGCUAUUGGAUAAUUGAUUACAACUAGACUAGACUCAGUUAUUCAAAUUCAUCUUAGAUAAUCUAACUAUGCGUGCUCGAUAUAAUAAGAUGGCUGAACGAACCAUUAGCCUAGAUAAUGUCACUAACUUAUUCGAUCAACCCGCUAACUUAUCUCUGCCAUCAUCAAUUUGAGAAGCAUAUUAACCAAAUUUUACAGUAUGACCGAGGCAAAUGUGGUGUGUUAUCAAACUGAAAAUUGAAUAAGGUAACACAAAAAUAUACAUCACCAUUCACAUGCCAUCCACAGUUGAUUUAGAUGUUUAACCUGAUCUGUGUGGAAGUCAAGGUUGAGUUGACAUCAAUAGCUUCAACCCCCACCAUUAGGAUUUUGUGCUGUCUGAAAAGAGCAUACAACGCUUCUGCUGGAAGGAGCCCAUGGAUGGGAAUGUCCUCCCCUGUAGUGGGGACGCAGGCCACCAAGCUGCAGAUUUUCAAGCUUCCAUCAGGCCUUGGGCUGUCAGAGGCGUCUUGCCACAUGUAGAUGACCAGAUCCUCCCGUAGGUUAUGGAAGGUGGCAGCCAGAACACCCCUCCAAUUUCGCAGUAAGUGGUUCAACCGUUGGCAUCUUUCAUCUCCUUCUCGAGCCGGUCUGUCAUGCCUCGUGGUUGUAUAGAAAAUGUUUCAUGGAUCACUGCUGUCUCGUCCAGUGUAAUGGAUUUGCCUUAAUACGGUGGGGUUUUAGGAAUCUAGCGACUGAAGCUGAAAUAUACUAAUUGGUAUCUUUCACUUUUUCGUAAUUUAUGCAACAAAAAAUGCAUCAUUCUGUGUGCGCGUGUACAUUUAUCAUGGUGAUUGAAUCAGUCUCCUUAAUAGAAUUCGUACCUUGUAGAGAUCGGUAUCCUGUACUGGCAUCUCGACCCAAAAGACUAUGAAAACAACGAGCAGCUAAAGGAAGUUAGAGAAAACAGGGGAUAUAAUUACAUGGUCUGUUCCAUCUAUUACUAAUACCCUCGCUCUCUCUCUCUCUCUCUCUCUUUGUUCUCUCUCCUUUCCUCUCUCUCUACAUCUCCUUUUUCUCAACUUCUCUCUCUCUCCCCGUCUCUUCUCUCUCUCCCUCUCCCUCUCCCUCUCUCUCUCUAUCUCUCCCCUUGUCUCUAUUCUCUCUGUAUCUCUCUCUCUCUCUCUCUCUCUCUCCCCCUGUCUCUAUUCUCUAUCUAUCUCUCUCUCUCUCUCUCUCUCUCCCUGUCUCUAUUCUCUAUCUAUCUCUCUCUCUCUCUCUCCUUCUCUAUUCUCUAUCUAUCUCUCUCUCUCUCUCUCUCUCUCUCCCUGUCUCUAUUCUCUAUCUAUCUCUCUCUCUCUACCUCUCUCCCCCUAGCUCUGUUCUCUAUCCCUCUCUCUCUCUCUCUCUCUCUCCCAGUCUCUGUUCUCUAUCCCUCUCUCGCUCGGUCACUCACUCGCUCUAUUUUGACUGUGCAAUAUGAGCAUAUAGUGGACCAUCCACCUAUUUGUGCAAAUGCUUCUCCUUCUGUGGUCGUAGGAUCUCCUAGAGCUAUGCCUCGGGAAAGUUGAGAACUACGAGGAGAAGCUGAAUAACUUCUUCCGCGAGCACAUACAUGUCGAUGAGGAGAUCCGCUUCUGCUUGGAGGGCAGCGGCUACUUUGAUGUCUGCGGCAAGGACGACCAUUAGAUCCGCAUCUGGAUUAAGGCGAGCAAUAUGAUCAUCCUACUAGUUGGAAUCUACCAUCGCUUCACUUUAGACACCUCAAACUACGUCAAGGUACCAAGAACUAAACCUAAAUUUCUUCUCUAUUAGCCAGCAUGGGUCUAAUGGAAAGUACUAUAAGUGAACGAUGUCAUCAAGUCAAACUGGGGGGGUAUCAACGGACUGCAGUUGGUCUAGGGUUCUUCUAGUGUUUCAGGUUGGAGGGGCAUGUUGAGAAGCCCAGGCCUGACUGGGUCUACAGUAAAUAUGUGUUAUGAUUUGAUUAAUUACUAUAGAUGUAUAUAUCUAAGUAUAAAGGUGAAGUUUUAAGAAAAAUGACGACAUUUAGUUUUAGACAAUUGAUGAGGCUGUUCAUUGGGGAACCAAUGUGGACAGCAUACAAUCAGCCCCAGGAGGACCAUCUAGCAAGGCAAGUGUACAUCAAGAGCUUCUUGGAGAAGCCUCGUAUUGCUCUUAAGGCAGUCUAG